CCAGCGGAGGCCGGCUCAGCACCGCGGCGGAGCGGGACAUCGCAGCGGCGGCCGAGCGAGCGCAGGAGAGGGCCCAGAAGUCAGGAGCCAUGGCCGUGGAGAACAUCAACGAGCUGCCUGAGAACAUCCUGCUGGAGCUGUUCACACACGUGCCUGCCCGCCAGCUGCUGCUGCGCUGCCGCUUGGUCUGCAGCCUCUGGCGUGACCUCAUAGACCUGGUGACCCUUUGGAAGCGCAAAUGCCUGCGUGAGGGCUUCAUCACCGAGGACUGGGACCAGCCUGUGGCUGACUGGAAGAUCUUCUACUUCCUGCGAAGCCUCCACAGGAACCUCCUGCACAACCCCUGUGCUGAAGAGGGAUUUGAGUUCUGGAGCCUGGACGUGAAUGGAGGCGAUGAGUGGAAGGUGGAAGAUCUCUCUGGAGACCAGAGGAAGGAAUUCCCCAAUGACCAGGUCAAGAAAUACUUCGUGACUUCUUAUUACACCUGCCUCAAGUCCCAGGUGGUGGACCUCAAGGCCGAAGGGUAUUGGGAGGAGCUGAUGGACACUACACGGCCGGACAUCAAGGUCAAGGACUGGUUCGCAGCAAGGCCAGACUGCGGGUCCAAGUACCAGCUGUGCGUUCAGCUCCUGUCCUCAGCACAUGCGCCUCUGGGUACCUUCCAGCCAGACCCAGCAAUGAUCCAGCAGAAGAGCGAUGCCAAGUGGAGGGAGGUCUCCCACACGUUCUCCAACUACCCACCCGGCGUCCGCUACAUCUGGUUUCAGCACGGCGGCGUGGACACUCACUACUGGGCCGGCUGGUACGGCCCGAGGGUCACCAACAGCAGCAUCACCAUCGGGCCCCGCUGCCCUGAUGUCCCCGAGCCCCCAUCCACAGAACCCUGACUGGUAAACUGUUGGCAGAGAAAGGCGGGGCUUGGGAAGGGGAGAUGGGCAGACUUCCCCAGACCUCCUGGUUCAUCCUUGCCCCUGCCCGCUUCUUUGUGGAGCCUCUUUGUGCAGCUUUCACAUGCUCGAUCUGAAUGGUGACAGGGGUGGCCUGUGUGUACCUUUCAGAGCUGCAUCCCCUGAGGUUAGGGAGGUACAGGAUGUUCCCCCAGGUUCCUUCCCCAGACUCCUCUGAGGGUGGGUCUUCAAGUUCAGAUGGCAGCCUAGAUCUGUGUUUCUACCUUCCCCUCCUGGGCCUUCCUCCUGUCUUUUUGAGAGGCCCUCGGAGCAGGGACAGUGUGGAGGACAUCUAGCAAGCCUGUGGCUGCCCUGGAUAGUGCAGAUGCUGGGAGGUAACUGUAGCUCAGACAGAUCUGGGAGUGGAAGGAGGACGCUGCGGGUUGUCCUCUGUCCCAUUCUCUGCUGCUCCCCAGCUCUUGCUUCGCCUGCCUGCUCAGAGGGGUGGCUGUGGCCCAGAGGCUCAGGCCUGGUCUGAGAUGGGCAGACCCAGGGUGGGGUGGAGUCUACGCCAGGUCUGGAUUGCCCUCACUGUCAAUAAAGCCCCAGAAGCCAGAUGGGGUGGGACUCUUCAGAAGACCUCCAGAAUCCUGUGCAUGGUAACCCAGGGCAGGUGGGUGCGGGAUUGGGCUGCGAUUCUGAGAGUUAGGAUGUGUGAGCAUAGGAUGAGUGUGGUGGGGUUUUUAAGGACCACCUGUCCACCUCCAUGCCUACACCAGGUUCCCUGUGGCUUGGAGAGCAUUCCAAGCCCUCACCCCACCCUUGGAACUGCCAUUCACAGGACCUCCCCAUCCUGCCCUCUGCCUCUCCUUCCUGCUCAUAGGACAGUAGUGCUCCGAUCCUGCCCCUGCUGCAUGUAGCCAAAUAAAACA